AUGUCGUACUUAGAUCAAGACGAAUACAACUAUUUUACAUCUACAUCACAUUUUGAUAUUGAACCUUAUUUACCAAAGUACUACAACAAUAUUAAUUAUUCUUCUACAAAUCAUUAUUUUGUUCGUGCAUCCGAAUCAUGGCACUAUCCAACACAAUGUGAACCUUCUGGUUUUGAAACCUUUUCUUGCAAAGUCGUUGACAACGACAUGAUUGAUGAUAUUCUUUCCGAUGAACAUGUCUUAAGUGUAGAACCAUCAUCGCCCAUUGAAUUUCAUGCUAGAUUUGCUGUUGGUUUUUCUGAAGUUGGUACUAACAGUCUAGGUUACGAUGGCUGGAAACUUCGUCCAGAUCGAAGACUUACAACACUAUUGGGCCUCACAGGAGACGGUCAGACUGUCACAAUUGUUGAUGACGGUGUUGAUUUUUCACAUACUUUCUUUUCAGAUUCAAUCGUUUCAAUUGAUGGUCCAAAUACAUAUCCUACUCACAGAAAGAUCUACAAAUACGAGAACUGGACUAAUUCAUCCACUGAGUUUAACAUCAGUGAUCACGUUCAUGGUACAUACUGUGCCGGUCUUAUUGCCGGUACUCCGGAAGCCGACUAUUCAGCAAAUGCUUUAUAUGAAGGCGCAGCAACGAACGCUAAACUUCAUGUCAUUGAAAUCUCAGAUACAACAAUUGAUUCUCAAAUCAAUUUCACAAAACUUACAGAAUCAAUGGAUUCUGUUGGCUCUAAGAUCUCAUCAAACAGUUGGGCGUCAUCAGGUUAUUCACCCACUCUUACAAAUGCCUUAAACAAAGCUGCAUUUGAAAACCCAGACAAACUUUUCCUAUUUCCAGCCACAGGAAAUAAAGUUGCAUCUCCUGCAGAUGCCAUCAAUGUCUUAACAGUUGGAUCAUCAACAAGACAACAGGUUUCUAACAUUGAAAACAACCCGAAUUCAAACUUAGUUAUAUCAAUAUGGUCUGGAGAAAAACCUGCUACAUUAUAUAGUAAUGAGACAUUCUUUUAUCAAACGAAAUCACCAAUUAUUGAUUAUUCUAAUCUUUCUAUUUCAAACAUUAGUGGUGAUGGCUUAAUGAAGUAUUCAUAUGAAUGUGUUGAAAACAUUCCUGAUGGCACACGUGUUCUUGUUUACCUUGACAACCUGACAAACUGUUCCCGAACCGGUCCUAUUUUAAUCUUAACAACAUCAGAAGAAACAAUUAAUCAAAUGACAAAUGAAUCAUAUGGACGCAUUACUUAUAAAAACGAUUUUGACUGGGGAAAUCUUAAUUAUCCAUUUGAGACUGGUCCAACACUUGAUGGCAUCAGAAAACCAGAUGUUAUAUUCGCUGGUUCAGGAACUAAAUCAGCAAGAGCUAAUUCAACACUUGGAGAUACUUCAUUUGACAGUCUAAUUUCAUUAGAUGGAACAUCAGGAGCUACAGCUCUUGCAGCAGGAGAACUUGCAUUAGUCAGAGAGUUCUUUGAGAAAGGAUAUUAUCCAUCAGGACAACCAAAUCCAGACGAUGCAUUCAGUCCAUCAGGAAACUUACUUCGAGCCAUUGCUGUAAAUUCUGGUCGUCAAGGUUAUUUCUUAUUUGAAAAUCUCCGUGGCCCAUCAAUUCUUGCUGAUCCUCUUGGUGUUGGUGCUGAUACUCCAUUUAAUGGCGGUAUCAGAAUUUUGGAUAAUGUUAAAAUAGGACCAAAUGAACAUUUUGUUUAUGAAUUCAAUACAACAAAAACUUCUGGAUUAUCAGUAACAAUGGCUUAUCUUGAUUUGCCUUUACCAAGAGAUGAUGGACAUCUUGUUUACAUUGAUUUGAAUUUGGUUGUUGAAGCUGCAGGAACAACAAUUGCAGGAAACUCCAUUUUUAAUACACAUGAAGCAGACCAAAGAUCAACAGUAGAAAGAGCAUAUAUCCGACAAAUUGAUCCGACAACUGUUAAAAUCCAUAUAUUUUCAAAUGAUUUCCAUGUUGAUGACGAUGUUGAUGUUACAUUCGCUUUGUCUAUCACUGCAGGUAUUGACACUAAAAAUGAUGCAGUUCCAUUCAAACUCCAGAAAUUAGAAAAUCCAACAUGUCCAGCUAAUUGUUCGGGCCAACCAUGUGGUGAAAAUGGUGUCUGUCAAUGCGAGGGAAACAGUAGAGGCUACUUCUGUCAAACAGUAAUGUUUAAUGCAUUAGAAGGACAAGCAAGCGAUGAAUUACUCCCAACAAAUGCUUAUUUAGUGAAUUGGCAUUAUGUUGAUGUUGAAGGUGGUUAUAAACUCAUUCCAAAAAUUAAUUUCCAAAUAUGGUAUACCGGAUUGACAAAAUUUUAUGUAAUCGCCUCUAGAGGAUCUGCAAGCGUUAGUGAUGCAAUUUUCAUGUGGAAACUUGAUGUUCCACAAAUUGUUAAUUCAUAUUUUGAAUUACCAGAACUUGUAAUUGAAGAAGGAGGAAGAAUUUACUUUGCAGUUUUCUCUGAUGCUAUUAGUCCACAAUUACAAGGUUUCUUUGGUUAUCGUUACGCAUAUAAUUUCAAAGUUGAAGCAAGAUGGAUUCCAACACCAAUGGAGACACCAAUUCCAAGUCCAACGCCGCCGCCAUCACCAACAUUCGCAGAGACACCAGUUGAAACAGUCUUCGAAACACCAUAUUUGACUGCAUUUGAAACAGCAUUUUCUACUGCACAUUCCACUCCAUUUGAAACAUCAUUUGAAACACCAUUUUCAACUGCAUUCUCGACCGCAUCAUCUACCGCAUUUUCUACUCCAUAUGACACUCCAUUUUUAACUGCGUUCGAAACCGCAUUUGACACUCCAUUUUCUACCGCACAUUCUACUCCAUUUUCAACAGCCCAUCAAACACCUGACUUAUCAAAGGCAGUUACUCCAUUCGAAACUCCAUUUAUUACAGCAUUCGAAACAGUAUUUUCAACCGCAUCAUCAACUCCGUUUGAAACAGCAUUUUCCACUCCACAUUCAACACCAUUUUCUACUGCAUUUGAAACUAUGUUCGAUACACCAUUCAUUACAUUCAAUCCUACUCCAGUUGAAACCAUCUCUCCUACACGUUCAUUAGCACGUACUAUUGCACAAGGUGGCGCCGCAGUUUCAACAUCAAGUAACACCGAACAACAGAAAGACAAUGGUUCCAGUUCUAAAUCCAAUCCACUGAACUUCAUGAUCAUUGGUAUUGUUUGUACAUUGAUUUUGAUUUCAUUGAUCAUUGUUGGUAUUGUUUUAUAUGUUCGUCACAAGAAGAACAACGAAGACAACAAUAGUAAUGACAAGAGUGCGGAAAGUUCAGAGACCGAUCCAUUAAAUGUUGAUGCUGAAAAGACGAAAUAUCUUACCGAAAUUCUUACUACUAUUGCAUAUGCAUCCGACACGGAUGAUCCAUUCUUUAAUGGUGAUGAAGAUGAUAUCGAUCCUAAUAAUAUCUUUAUUUAA